AUGGUCAAGCUCGAAGAGGUCAUGGAUGAGGAGUUUGUGCGCGAGCAGGAGGGCCCGCAUGACGACGAUGAGUGGGACACCGACUCUGAGUCAGACACAUCCUCGAUCCACUCCGUACAGCCAGACGAAUCCCUCUACGAGCGCAUUCUCGCCUUACAAGACAUGAUCCCUGCCAGCACACGCCGUUCCGUCUCUUCAAAAGCAAACACAAUCUCUUCGUGGUUCAAGAGCGGCCUGAACAUGGGUGGCAAGACUCUCUGGGUAGUGAGCACAAGUGCGCUGCUUCUGGGUGUGCCGUGGGCAUUGGCAUACAGCGAGGAGCAGAUGAUCGUCGAGCAGGAGAGAGCUGAGCUGCAGGCACAGAGGGCGCAGAACGAGUUCAUGGCUCCCGGUGCGCCGACACCUGGUCAGCCGACAGGCGCGAAGCCUGCUUUGUAG